CUCCUAUCCUUCCCCCCCUCGGCCAUCCCUCCACCAUGGCCUCCUUCCCCUCCCCCUCCGUCGCGGCGGCAGUGGCCGCGCCCCCGCGCCUCGCCCCAGGCCUCUCCCUGUCCGCCGCCGCGGUGCACCAGUCCCUCGCCUUCCGCCCACGCUCCACCCUCGCGCGUCGGUCUUCCAUCGCCCUGCGCCCGUCCGCUAUCGCCGCGCCGGCCAACCCUCUCCGCUGCACGCACCGCCGCGCCGUCACGCCCAGGUUGAGGAAGCGGACGCAAGGGCUCGGUGCGGCGUCAGCGUCGGCAGCUGGUAUUGUCGGCGAGGAGAGGGACGGGUGCCUCUCGUGCUUCCCGAAGAGCCGGAGAAGGGGGAGGCCGGGGCUCGCGAGGUUCGCUCCGUGCGCGCUCCCGCAUACCUCGGGGUUGUCGCUGCACAGCCGGUGGGGCGGGGCUAAGGCCAGGCAUAGUCAUAUAUUACAUGCUGCUGGACCUGACGAACCACAUGUUGCAAGUCCAACAUGGUCUGAGGCAGCUCUUGAUAAACCUUAUCUUGAUCAUGCGAUUAGAAAUGAGGAGCUUGAAGAUGUCCUGGACACACCUCUUCCUUCCCACCCAAAACUAAUUCGUGGUCAACUGAAGAAUGGCCUCCGAUAUCUCAUUUUACCAAACAAAGUUCCAGCAGAUAGGUUUGAGGCUCACAUGGAAGUUCAUGUUGGGUCAAUUGACGAGGAAGAGGAUGAACAGGGAAUUGCACAUAUGAUCGAGCAUGUUGCAUUUCUUGGGAGUAAAAAGCGUGAGAAACUUUUGGGGACAGGUGCAAGGUCUAAUGCAUAUACAGACUUCCACCAUACAGUGUUCCAUAUCCAUUCUCCAACUAAAACAAAGGAAUAUGGUGAAGCCUUACUCCCUUCUGUUCUCGAUGCAUUGAAUGAGAUAGCUUUUCAUCCAAAGUUCUCUUCAUCUCGCGUUGAGAAGGAGAGAAGAGCAAUUCUUUCAGAGCUCCAGAUGAUGAACACAAUCGAGUACCGUGUUGAUUGCCAGUUGUUACAACAUUUACACUCAGAAAACAAAUUGAGCAAUAGAUUUCCUAUUGGACUUGAGGAGCAAAUACUUAAGUGGGAUCCUGAUAAGAUCCGAAGAUUCCAUGAGCGUUGGUAUUACCCUGCUAAUGCCACUUUGUACCUGGUUGGAGAAAUUGAUGAUAUUCCCAGAGCAGUGCGGGAAAUAGAGGCUGUGUUUGAACAUACACUUCCAGGAAACGAAGCAACCCCUAUGUCGAAUGCAAGUCCAUUUGGUGCCAUGGCAAGCCUUUUUGCACCAAAGCUACCAGGUGGCUUGGCUGCAAGCCUAACUGGUGAUAGGUCACCUGCCACAGAUAAACUAAAACCUGUAAAAAGGGAAAGACAGGCAGUUAGACCUCCUGUCGAGCAUAAAUGGUCUCUUCCUGACGUAGAUCAGGAUGCCAAGCCUCCAGCAAUUUUUCAACACGAGUUGAUUCAGAGUUUCUCUAUCAAUAUGUUCUGUAAGAUACCUGUUAACCAAGUUCAGACAUACAAAGACCUUCGUAGUGUCCUGAUGAAACGGAUAUUUUUAUCUGCCCUGCAUUUUCGAAUCAAUACAAGAUACAAGAGCUCAAAUCCUCCCUUUACAUCUGUUGAGCUGGAUCACAGUGACUCAGGAAGGGAAGGAUGCACAGUCACAACUCUAACAGUGACAGCUGAACCUCAAAAUUGGAGGAGUGCCAUCAAAGUCGCUGUUCAUGAGGUUCGGAGACUCAAAGAGUUUGGUGUUACAAUGGGAGAAAUGACCCGUUAUAUGGAUGCACUAAUAAAAGAUAGCGAGCAGCUGGCUAUGAUGAUUGACAGUGUUCCCUCAGUUGACAACUUAGACUUUAUUAUGGAGAGUGAUGCACUUGGCCAUACUGUCAUGGAUCAGUUGCAGGGACAUGAAAGUUUGCUUGCGGUUGCCGAAACUGUCACACUUGAAGAGGUUAACAUUGUUGGUGCAGAAGUACUUGAAUUUAUUUCGGACUUUGGAAAACCCAAUGCACCACUUCCUGCUGCUAUUGUGGCCUGUGUACCAAAAAAGGUCCAUAUUGAUGGAGUAGGUGAAAGUGAUUUUGAGAUACAUCCAGAAGAAAUAAUUGAGUCCAUGAAGGCAGGGCUUGAGGAACCCAUUUACCCGGAGCCUGAGCUUGAGGUGCCAAAGGAGUUGAUUACUCAAUCACAACUUGAAGACUUGAAAGUGCAACACCAACCAUCAUUUGUUCCUUUUGGAAAUGAGCAGGACAUGGUGAAAGUAUUUGACAGCGAAACUGGUAUAACACAACGCCGUCUUUCUAAUGGAAUUUCCAUCAACUACAAGAUCACACAAAACGAGGCAAGGGUUGGUGUCAUGCGGUUGAUAGUAGGUGGUGGGAGAGCCACAGAAGAUUCUGAAUCUAAGGGAUCUGUGAUUGUUGGUGUGCGUACUUUGAGUGAAGGUGGCUGUGUUGGUAACUUUUCAAGGGAACAGGUUGAACUUUUCUGUGUGAAUAAUCUCAUAAACUGCUCUCUCGAAUCCAAUGAGGAGUUCAUCUUCAUGGAAUUUAGGUUUGCUUUAAGGGACAAUGGCAUGCGUGCUGCUUUCCAGCUCCUCCAUAUGGUCCUUGAGCAUAAUGUGUGGCUAGAAGAUGCAUUUGAUAGAGCAGCUCAGUUAUAUUUGUCUUACUACCGCUCCAUUCCCAAAAGUUUGGAACGUGCUACGGCUCACAAGCUUAUGGUAGCCAUGUUGAACCAUGAUGAAAGGUUUGUGGAGCCAUCACCACAUUCAUUGCAGAAGUUAACUCUUCAGUCAGUUAAAGAAGCUGUGAUGAGCCAGUUCGUGGGUAGCAACAUGGAGGUCAGCAUUGUCGGCGAUUUCACUGAAGAAGAGGUAGAAUCUUGUGUUCUUGAUUAUCUUGGGACUGUAGCUCAAAAUUCUUCAAGCAAAGAGGAACAUAUUGAGAAGAUCUCCUUCCUGCCAUUUCCGUCAGAUCUGCAUUUCCAGCAAGUAUACAUAAAGGAUACAGAUGAGAGAGCUUGUGCAUAUAUUGCAGGCCCAGCACCUAAUCGAUGGGGGUUUGCUACUGAAGGAAAGGACCUCUUUAAUGUCAUUCAGAGUUCGAGCACAGCAGAAGUCUCUGAACCAGCAAACUCAGAUCUAACGGGGAAGACUCAUAUUAAUGUUCGCAACCAUCCUCUUUUCUUUGGCAUUUCUUUGAGUUUGCUGGCUGAAAUUAUUAAUUCGAGGCUAUUUACAACAGUUCGAGAUUCCAUGGGAUUGACCUAUGAUGUUUCUUUUGAAUUAAAUCUUUUUGACAAAUUGGAUCUUGGUUGGUAUGUGAUCGCUGUAACUUCAACUCCAAGCAAGGUCCAUAAAGCUGUUGAUGCAUGCAAAGGUGUUCUCAGAGGUCUACAUAGUAACAAAAUUGUUGAAAGGGAGCUGGACCGGGCAAAGAGGACCCUGCUGAUGAAACAUGAGGCUGAGACAAAGACAAAUGCCUAUUGGCUUGGUUUGCUAGCCCAUCUGCAGUCUUCAUCCGUGCCAAGAAAGGAUAUAUCCUGUAUCAAGGAAUUGACUACAUUGUAUGAAAGUGCCACGAUUGAGGACCUGUAUCUUGCAUAUGAGCACUUGAAAGUUGAUGAUUCUUCUUUAUUUGCUUGCAUUGGGAUUGCUGGUGCCGAAUCUGGUGAAGACAUGAAUGAUGAUGAGCCUGAUGUGGGGCUUCCUGGUAUGGUUCCCAUGGGAGGCCGGGGUCUAUCAACCAUGACCAGACCAACCACAUGAUUUCUACACCUUAUCACGCCCCAACUUUCUCAAGGUAUCAACCUAGCUCCUGAAGAGAGGAGUUGUGUGACCCCAUGGACACUACAUGAUGACAGCUGUUUGCUAGAACGUAUGUCUAGGACUCUCGACCAAUUGAUACAUUGGAUCCGCUGAUUGUUAUUCUGUGUACAUUGCAACACAAUGCUCGGUGGUUGCAUUUCCUUGGAGACGUACUUAUGUCGGCAGGUCUUGGAAACCCUUCCUUGGAAGGUCAUGGUUCACAUGUAUAGUAAAUAACGGUUGAUUCUUACACAUUCUGAGUUGUUGUAACUAGGAUUCUUCAGGUCAUUGGAGAAAAUAGAAUGUCAGUAGUAUCACUGAUAAGUUACUGUGCAACGGCGGAAUAGCAUAGGGCUUGUUCUCAUAUUGUAAACCUUGAGUUAUUUAUAAUGAAAUAGAUGAACAAUUUUGUUGAGAAUUGUC